UUCCCGGACUGGCUAUCUGGCGACCCCGAGCGUCUCUCCCCACAGGGGCCGGGAACUGGGCAGUCAUGGCUGAGGUGAAAGUGAAGGUGCAGCCACCCGACGCGGAUCCGGUCGAAAUAGAAAACAGGAUUAUAGAAUUAUGUCAUCAGUUCCCUCAUGGAAUCACAGACCAAGUAAUUCAGAAUGAAAUGCCUCAUAUAGAAGCCCAGCAGCGGGCAGUGGCCAUCAAUAGACUGUUGUCCAUGGGUCAGUUGGAUCUCUUAAGGAGCAAUACAGGACUUCUGUAUAGAAUAAAGGAUUCUCAGAAUGCUGGCCCUGUCUCAUUCUUUUUAAGUAAAAUGAAAGGAUCAGAUAACCAAGAAAAACUAGUAUAUCAAAUCAUAGAGGAUGCAGGAAAUAAAGGAAUAUGGAGCAGAGAUAUCCGAUACAAAAGUAACUUGCCAUUAACAGAAAUUAACAAAAUUCUAAAGAAUUUGGAAAGUAAAAAGCUUAUCAAAGCUGUUAAGUCUGUGGCAGCCUCAAAAAAGAAAGUAUAUAUGCUCUAUAACCUGCAACCGGACCGGUCUGUGACUGGUGGAGCCUGGUACAGUGACCAGGAUUUUGAGUCAGAAUUUGUAGAGGUGCUUAACCAACAGUGCUUUAAAUUCCUACAAACCAAGGCAGAAACAGCACGAGAAAGCAAACAGAAUCCAAUGAUACAAAGAAAUAGUUCAUUUGCCUCAUCACAUGAAGUGUGGAAGUAUAUCUGUGAAUUGGGGAUCAGUAAGGUAGAGUUGUCCAUGGAGGACAUUGAAACGAUCUUAAAUACACUCAUUUAUGAUGGGAAAGUGGAGAUGACUAUCAUUGCUGCAAAAGAAGGCACGGUUGGCAGUGUAGAUGGACACAUGAAACUGUACAGAGCAGUCAAUCCAAUCAUCCCACCCACGGGUUUGGUCCGGGCCCCGUGUGGACUCUGCCCGGUUUUUGAUGACUGCCAUGAAGGUGGUGAGAUUUCACCAUCUAACUGUAUUUAUAUGACAGAGUGGCUCGAAUUUUAAUAGAGAACUAGGAACUUUACUGACAUUUUGCAAAUGAAGUUACUUUGGGAGCAGAUAAUU